AUGUAUCUUGCUUGUGAGAGGAGUAGCCAAUAUAGAGCAACAAAGAAGUUAAAACAUGAUGGCAACAAUACAUCAAGAAUAACCGGUACGAAGAAGUGUGGUUGUCCUUUUGAUAUGAGAGCUCACAAGUUUACCACACAUGAUAAAUGGACAUUGACCGUAGUAUGCGGAUUGCAUAAUCAUCCACCUGCGGAGCACUUCGAGGGACAUUCAUAUGCGGAGAGGCUAUCAAAGGAUGAGAAAGCAUUGUUAAUGGAUAUGUCAAAGAGCAUGGGUGAGCUGCACACACACAAAGAGGAAUACAUUACACUUUAUGGGUCCUAUGAAAGGUUUGAAGAAUUGACAAACAUAUUGUCAUACUUUGAAGACAGUCUUGGAUACUCACAUUGGAUGACUAUGCCAGACAUGGGGCAUCUUGUUGCAUCGUGCUACAAUCUUGUGUUAUACCACUUGUCAUUACAGCAAUGUCUCACCUUUUUACCUCUUAGAACAGUGCUAGUACCUCAACUUGAUAGACAUGAGAACGUGAGAUUGCCCAUUGGUUUGUCACGAAAAUCAUUUUCUUCUAGUAAUAACAGAAACUUAUCAAUUGGGUUUGUUGCACGCAGGGCAUCCAAGUUCCUCCUAUUGCCACUAAUUGGAGAAAAUAACCUCACCCUUACGCUGAUCGACGUGGGAUGA